GCUUUCUCCCCUUCUUUCUUCCAAAGAUGUUUGAAAUCGCAGUCAUUUACGCUCGACAAUUUUUACAAUAGCCUUGAGCCAUAAUUUUGCGAGUCUCUCCAGCAUCCAUCCCCCUGUAUGGUCUCUCUCCACCGGCCAUGCACGACCGUUUCUCUCCCCAACCGUGGAUUUCCUAUUACUCUCGUUACGACUCACUGAGCCCCAGGCCCAAGGAUAAUGAUGUGUUGUUUCUUGGUAGCAUAAUUUGUCACACGUACAUUUUUUCUUCUUCUUCUCUUGCAGAAAGCUCUGCGCGCGCUCUCUCUCUCUCUUUCUCUCUCUCCCCUUCUCCCUCUCGUACAUUUUCUUGCUGUUGCUAAUUCAUGGUGAUCAAAUGAUGUACGACAAAAUAAAUUGUAAAGAGUGACUGCUUGGAGUUGGGCACCAGAAGGUUUUUUUGUUUUGUUUUUUUGUUUUUGUUUUUGGAAGGAGCGAUCAAACCUUUAAAAAGGAAGGACAAUUGAUUUUUUUUAGGGGGGGAGCUUAAGUGAACCUUUACUUUGGCAGCUGGUUGUGGAGCAGGUCGGAGGAGGCUUUCCAGUCAGGUGCGCUGAGGUUGCCCGCCAUGUCCAGGUCCGGGGACCGAACGUCUACCUUCGACCCGAGCCAUAGCGACAACCUGCUCCACGGCCUCAACCUGCUGUGGAGGAAGCAGCUCUUCUGCGACGUGACCCUGACGGCGCAAGGCCAGCAGUUCCAUUGCCACAAGGCCGUGCUGGCCUCGUGCUCGCAGUACUUCCGAUCGCUCUUCUCCAGCACCGCCGGAGGAGGAGGAGGCGGAGGCGGAGGAGGCGGCGGGGGGAGCGGGCACCACCACCACCACCCGCUGGGCGUCGGACCAGGUGCUCAGGACGGCCUACCCUCCAAAGAGCAGCAGCAGCAGCAGCAGCAGCAGCAGGAAGAGUCCGGCACGCCCUCCUCGUCCCCGGAGGACAAGCUGCUGGCCAGCCCGCGGGCCAUCAACAACCUGGUGCUGCAGGGCUGCUCGUCGAUCGGGCUGCGCCUGGUGCUCGAGUACCUGUACACGGCCAACGUGACCCUGUCCCUGGACACGGUGGAGGAGGUGCUGUCGGUCAGCAAGAUCCUGCACAUCCCGCAGGUCACCAAGCUGUGCGUCCAGUUCCUCAACGACCAGAUCUCGGUGCAGAACUACAAGCAGGUGUGCAAGAUCGCCGCCUUGCACGGCCUCGAGGAGACCAAGAAGCUGGCCAACAAGUACCUGGUGGAGGACGUGCUGCUGCUCAACUUCGAGGAGAUGCGCGCCCUGCUGGACUCGCUGCCUCCCCCCGUGGAGUCGGAGCUGGCGCUCUUCCAGAUGUCCGUGCUGUGGCUGGAGCACGACCGAGAGACCCGCAUGCAGUACGCGCCGGACCUCAUGAAGCGCCUGCGCUUCGCCCUCAUCCCGGCCCCGGAGCUCGUCGAGCGGGUCCAGUCGGUGGAUUUCAUGCGGACCGACCCCGUCUGCCAGAAGCUGCUUCUGGACGCCAUGAACUACCACCUGAUGCCCUUCAGGCAGCACUGCAGGCAGAGCCUGGCCAGCAGAAUUCGCUCCAACAAGAAAAUGCUUUUGUUGGUUGGUGGACUGCCCCCUGGACCUGACCGGCUACCCAGCAAUUUGGUUCAGUAUUAUGAUGAUGAAAAGAAGACAUGGAAAAUACUGACAAUUAUGCCGUAUAAUAGUGCCCACCAUUGUGUUGUGGAAGUAGAAAAUUUCUUGUUCGUAUUGGGAGGAGAAGACCAGUGGAAUCCUAAUGGAAAGCACAGUACAAACUUUGUUAGCCGGUAUGAUCCUAGAUUUAACAGCUGGAUACAACUUCCACCCAUGCAAGAGAGGAGAGCCAGUUUUUAUGCCUGUCGGCUUGACAAAAACUUGUAUGUGAUAGGUGGGAGAAAUGAGACUGGCUACUUGUCAAGUGUGGAAUGCUAUAAUUUAGAGACAAAUGAAUGGCGUUAUGUAUCUUCCCUACCACAGCCCUUGGCGGCACAUGCAGGAGCUGUACAUAAUGGCAAAAUCUAUAUUUCUGGAGGUGUCCACAAUGGUGAAUACGUUCCCUGGCUGUACUGCUAUGACCCUGUAAUGGAUGUCUGGGCUAGAAAACAAGAUAUGAACACAAAGAGAGCAAUCCAUGCAUUGGCUGUAAUGAAUGAUCGACUGUAUGCAAUCGGAGGAAAUCAUUUGAAAGGUUUUUCGCAUCUUGAUGUCAUGCUCGUGGAAUGCUAUGACCCAAAAGGUGAUCAAUGGAAUAUUUUGCAAACUCCUAUUUUAGAGGGUCGCAGUGGUCCUGGCUGUGCAGUUCUUGAUGACAGCAUUUACCUUGUAGGAGGCUACAGCUGGAGUAUGGGAGCCUACAAAUCUUCUACCAUUUGCUACAGUCCUGAGAACGGAACCUGGACAGAGCUGGAAGGAGAUGUAGCUGAGCCCCUGGCAGGUCCUGCUUGCUCCACUGUCAUACUACCUGCGUGUGUGCCGUACAAUAAAUAACAUACAGGAAGUACUGAAAUGAACACUGUUAAAUGAUGGGUGACUUAACUAUUUUAAGGGACAGAAUUCCUGGUACUACAUACAACAAGACCCUAUCCCCAAUACCUGCAUUUAUUAUUUUAAAAAAGGACUAAGUAUAGUUCCCACCUCAGACAGACCGGUAUCUUGUCAAACAAGUAGCUUGAAAGCAUGGAACACUGCACAUGUUAACAGAUGACCAUUUCAGAGUGAUCCUCACGUUUCUCUGCUAUAAACCCUCAUAUCAAUUCUAAAUUUAAAGAGAAGAAUUCUAAAGAUCCAAACACUGCCUGAACGAACAAAAUUACUAUUGUGCAUUGUAUUUUACCUGCAUGGGGUCUGUGUUGAAGUCAUGGUGAUGUUGCUCACAAUUAAUUCUAAACUGAGAUGCCCAAAUGCAUUGAACUGCAGAAUUGCUUCCCCAUUUUAACCCUAACCUGUGGCUGCUGACAUGUUCUGCAAGUAACACAACUUAAGAAGACAGAUCAUAAGAGUGAAUGCUUCUGUUUUGAACAGAUUGGCCCCUCAUAUAGUCUGCUCUGAAAUCCCCAUGCCUAAGUGUAGAAAAAAAAGUGGAAGUUUUUCAGAUGUGUCACAAUUGAGGUUUUAGGACUGGUGCCAAUCUUUGAUUUUAUUUGCACUGGUGUAAAUCCAGAGUAAUCCAUAGAACCUGAUUUUAUUAUUCUGUAUAUUAUUUUGUAUUAUUCAGAUUUAAACAUUCUGGCCUAUACAAGUAAUUCUUGUUUUUUUUAAGAUUUAAAUUAUUCUUUAAAUUAAUUCAUAAAUUUCAGAUACAAACUAACAAAUAUUUGAGUCAUUUUGACUAAUAGAUUUGUUAUUUUCCCCCAUUUAACACCAAAGAACAAAUUCUUUCUUAAAAUGAGGAUUAUGUGGUAUCACAUAUCAUUGGCAAGUAGCUGUGAUUCCUUAAUCUGAUCUACACUGAAAUAUUUAUAAACUAGCUUUGCACCUGUGCUGAAAAGAAAUAUGGGCAUAAAACUACCAUAACAGGUAUAAAGUUGAGUUAAGCUCAACUCAGUUCCAAUAGGCAGUGCAACUGAGGCAAUUUUGAGCCCAGAAUGGGAGGGGUGUUGAGGAUAAACAUGCAUUUGUGACCUUACAAGGAGAAAUGUAGAUGGGAGAGGUUUGGAGCAGAAAAGCAGUGGGUGCAGGAACAGUUAGUAUGCCUCCCAGUCUAUAAAUUGCACUCUCUAGAAGCUGCUGAUUCUUUUAAAUUAAAAAGGGCCAUCAGGGUUUAGUCACACUAAUGUUUAACAUCAAGUUAGGCCCUAUAUUGUUUUCUUCAACUUUAAUGCAGUGGUACCUCGGAACUCGAACAGCUCCAUUCUCGAACAUUUCAACUCCCGAACGCCAACAAACCGGAAGUAAGUGCUCCGGUUUUCGAACGUUCCUUGGAACACAGAUGUCCAACAUGGCUUCUACUGUGCAAAAACCUAGCUGUUGGCCAAUCGGAAGCCGUGCCUCAGAACUCAAACAUUUUGGAAGUCGAACAGUCUUCCAGAACGGAUUCUGUUUGACUUCCGAGGUACCACUGUAUUUGUCAUAUUUGUGUAGCGUGCUAGACACAGCUAUUUCACAUUGGUGCUGUGCAAGGCUUUUGUAGAAUGGGACACUUUGUCCCUACCUAUCUCCAUCCAAGUCCCAUUGGGCGUCUUGCACAGGAAUAAAGAAUACGGGCAUAGGAAUAUGAUUUGAUUGCUACUACCAAUGGAUGGAAAUAAAUUUUCAUUCCCCCCCCCUUCUUAGGACUCUUAUGUCAGAUCCUACAAGCUGCACCACCCCUUCAGCAGCCAGUUCACACACUAACCUAUAGUCUGUAUGAAAAAUAAAAUUGUCUAUUCAGAAAUACAAGACAAUAUAGAAUCAAAUCUAGUUUUACAAAAAUAAACCUUUAUGUUCAAAUCUCAGACGUGUAAGGGAACAACAGAGAGGCACAGGGUACAAGUAGGCAGAAGUCACACAUCAUAGUUGACCAAAAGGAAAGGUAGGAAACUCAAACUAUAAGACUUAGGCUACUAAGAAAGUAAUAAAACUGAUAACAAUAAAUACUGGAUUUCUUAAUACUACUGCUACUGUUGUUUUGCUAAUGCUAAUUCCAUUGUUGUCACUUGCAGAAAACUAGCAGAGAUUCAGUCUCUUCAAAUGUUGCAAAUGAAUUGUUUAGGGAACUGUAUCUGAAGGGAAAAAGGGAAACAUAGUGAAGUCCCUGUUACAGAGUUCCUGAAGCUGGAGUGUUUGUCCCGGAAACUCAACCCAUUUUUCUUACGUAGUGCAAUCUCUGUUAGUUUUGUAUUUAUUUGUGUUGUUCCGAUCAAAAAAAAUUACUUGUAAAAUAAUACGUUGUGCAAUCAUAACUUGGGGGUGGGGAGGGUUUUUAGAAAUCUAUAUGUAUAUAUAAAUAUAUGGAAAGGAAACCUGUUACCACUCCAAAUGAGAGAACAUUUUAUGGCAUUUAAAAAUACCAGGACUUGCCACUAUGUUGUCCCAUGCCACUGCUAAAAUGCCACUUUAAUGGGAAAGAUGGGGGAUUUCUUGUCCGUUUAAAAGUUCUUUUUUUAAAAAAAGACAAAGAUAAUUAAAGCAUUUAUGAGGAAUAUAUGUAAAUCUUUCUAAUUUUUGGGAAGGCAUGACCAAGGAAACCAUACAAGUAACCAAUAAUGUAAAUUUUGUACAGUACUAGAAUGUGUAAAUGAAGCUUGCUUGUAGGGCGAGGGGACUUUAAAUAAAAACUUAUGUACUAAUG